UCAUGCUGCAGUUCAGCCUGUCGUCCAGGCGGCUGUGCGUGCCGCCGUACCUGCUAUAUAUACAGACCACAGCGGUCAGUCAGCAGCUUAACAAAACCAACCAACCUUGUGUCAUUAUUUAUCCCCGCCAGCAUUUCACUCCUUCUUCUCCACCGGACACCGCCGGCGUCUGUGCCUCGCCACACGCCGGGGGAGGGAGCGGGGGGUCCAGCCCGGGCCAGCAUGGACCCCCGAGCGGAGAACCGCAGCGGCGGCGGCCGCCCGGCGGCGCUGGGAGCCGACGGGGGCGACUCCGAGGCGGCCGUGGGCUCCGCGGAGGCGGCCGUGGGCUGCUGCAGCAGCCUGCCCGACCUGGAGCAGGACGCGCUGGAGGACAAGCUGCGGGGACUGGCGUUCAGAAAGCAGACCUCGUACCGGAAAGCGAUCUCCCGCUCAGGCCUUCAUUACCUCGGCCCACCUCAGCCCUCACUUCCUCCAGCAUCCAACGGUCCCACCAAGGAGCUGCGUACCUGCGCGGACUGGACGGAUAACGCAGUGAAUGGCGAUCACCUCUGGAUGGAAACCAGUUGUUCAGGGGAGCUGUGUUAUCUCGGCGAGGACGCUUGUCUUCUGAAGACCGCAAAGUCGGCCCCCAGGAGGAAAUGUGCCGCCUGUAAAAUCGUGGUCCACACUGGCUGCAUAGAGCAACUAGAAAAGAUUAACUUCCGAUGUAAGCUGACCUUCAGAGAGGGGGGAUCCCGAUGCCUCAGAGAUAAUGUACCGAGACAUCACUGGGUUCACAGACGAAGGCAAGAGGGCAAAUGUAAACAGUGUGGAAAGAGUUUUCAACAGAAGUUCUUCCACAGUAAAGAAAUAAUCGCCAUCAGUUGUUCUUGGUGUAAACAAGCUUUCCACAACAAGGUGACAUGUUUCAUGCUGCACCAGAUAGAGGAGCCAUGUUCACUGGGGGCUCACGCUGGAGUCAUCGUACCACCCUCAUGGAUCAUCAAAGUCAGGAAACCGCAGAGCUCUCUGAAAAACUCUGCCAGGAGAAAAAAGCGGACGUCUUUCAAACGAAGGACAAGUAAGAAGGGAUUAGAUGACUCUAAAUGGCGUCCGUUUAUAUUGAAGCCCAUCCCCUCUCCUCUAAUGAAGCCUGUUUUGGUUUUUGUCAAUCCCAAAAGCGGGGGCAACCAGGGUGCCAAGCUGUUACAAAUGUUCAUGUGGAUCCUGAACCCUCGACAGGUCUAUGACCUGUCACAAGGUGGACUACGAGAGGCGUUGGAGUUGUAUCGUAAAGUGCCAAAUCUAAGGAUCCUCGCCUGCGGAGGGGACGGCACGGUGGGGUGGAUCCUGUCUGCUCUCGAUGAGCUGCAGAUGAAUCCCCAGCCUCCGGUCGCUGUGCUUCCUCUGGGAACAGGAAAUGACCUCGCCAGGACGCUGAACUGGGGCGGGGGUUACACAGACGAACCGGUGUCCAAGGUUUUGUGUCAUGUGGAGGACGGGUCGGUGGUGCAGCUCGACAGGUGGAACCUUCUGGUGGAGAAGAGUUCUCCUCAGCCGGAGGAGGGCACACAGAAGCUUCCCCUGAAUGUUUUCAACAACUACUUCAGCUUGGGGUUCGAUGCUCACGUCACACUGGAGUUCCACGAGUCCAGAGAGGCCAACCCAGAGAAGUUUAACAGUCGCUUCCGCAACAAGAUGUUUUAUGCAGGAGCUGCGUUCUCAGAUUUCCUCCAGAGGAGCUCCAGGGACUUGUCCAAGCACGUCAAAGUGGUGUGUGAUGGCACAGAUCUGACAUCCAAGAUCCAAGAGCUGAAAUUUCAGUGCAUAGUCUUUCUAAACAUUCCCAGGUACUGUGCCGGCACCAUGCCGUGGGGAAACACCGGCGACCACCGAGACUUCGAGCCACAGCGGCACGACGACGGCUGCAUUGAAGUUAUCGGCUUCACGAUGGCCUCACUGGCUGCGCUGCAGGUCGGAGGUCACGGAGAGAGACUUCACCAGUGCAGAGAAGUGGUCCUCACCACUUACAAGACUGUACCUGUUCAGGUGGACGGAGAACCGUGUCGACUGGCUCCAUCCACUCUCCACAUCUCCCUCCGAAAUCAGGCCAACAUGGUCCAGAAGUGCAAGAGACGCACCUCAGUACCCCUACUCAAUGAUAUUCAGAAGGUGUGUGCAGCUGAUCUGCGCCGCCUCUCUGCUCCCCCCGACUCCUUCUCUGUUCCGCACGCAGUUCCAGAUCGUCUCCGUCUUCGAGUGAAUCGGAUCAGCCUCCAGGAGUACGAGAAGCUGCAGUACGACAAAGAACGACUGCGAGACAUCUCGAUCCCAGUUGGCAUUGUGGUGGUGAGAGGAGAUUGUGACCUGGAGACUUGCAGACUCUAUAUUGACAGAUUACAAGAGGACUUACACCAGGCACCACCUACUGGCCACAGAGUGCACUAUCAGGAUGAAUGCAGGGGUGUUCCCAGGACCAGCUCCACCAGUCGGUUAUCGGCCAACUGGAGCUUCCUGGACUCCACGUCAGCUGAUCGCUUCUAUCGCAUCGACAAGGCUCAGGAACACCUCCACUUCGUGACAGAAAUAUGUCAGGAUGAGGUGUUCAUCCUGGACCACGAGGGACCUGUGGUGAGCCAGGCAUCGUCCACUGGGAUGCCUGAUCUGGUGGUGGAACCUGCUGCUGGCGUUCCCUUGACGCCUGAUGAACAAGCACUUCUGGCUGCAGCCGGUUCUGGUGAUCUUCCUAUGCUGUCAGAGUGCGUUCGUCGAGGCAUCAGUUUGUUGGUGAGAGACUCUGGAGGUUGUUCGGCGUUACACAUCGCUGCCCAGAACGGACACACACACCUGGUUAGCUACAUCCUGCAACAAGGCUUUAAGGUUCUUCUGGAUCUGACAGACAGAGAGAAAGGGGAAACUGCCCUGCACAAAGCAGCUUCUGAAAAGCAGCAUGCCGUGUGUCGGUUGCUGGUGGAGGCUGGUGCUUCACAAGAGAAGACCAAUUUUCAGGGCAAGACAGCAGCUGACAAAGCAGAUGGAGACUUUGAGCUGGCCUCCUACCUGAGUUCCCAACAAAACACGUCAUCUUCAACCCACGAAGACCUGGAGACAGCCGUCUGAGGCUCCCGCAGUCACACAGACUCUCCCCGGAGCCUGGACUCUGCUUACAGUCACAGCGGAGACGAACCGGGAGAACGUUCGUUCAGAGAACGAGCAGUCUGGAUUUCACUCUGCAGAUGUGGAGCUGAACUGCCUCCGAUCACGGCAGCGCUGCAGUGGAGAUUUUAAUACUCAACUAUUUAUUUGUAUUUAUUUAUUCAUAUUCUAUUUAUUGGUUGUGCUGAUUGACUGACUGUCUAACUUUUAACAGUUCAGGAUGCAAGUGCAAUUUGACCAGCCGUCACACAGUUGUGAGAUCCCCCGCCCAUCUUGCAAUGGAGUCAUUUUGGUCAUAUUUUACUCAGCGGGGCUUCGACAGUGGUUGAACUUCUUCUGGAGAAGCCACUAAAAUUAUACAAAAUAUAGACAGAAAUACUCUUAUUUAUCCCAUAAAACCUGUGUGCCAAAGACUGAUGUGGUGUCAAAUCUAAUAAGGUAUCGUUCCUAACUUCAGUUAAAUUGUCUAUUGCAAGCCUCGUGUGAAUUUCAAGGAAAAAGGGUGUGUUUUUAAACAAAGGUUUGCUGUGGAAAACUCUUUAUCAACAUGUUUCUGUGUCAGCGAUGAGUCACAGUUUUUGGUAUCCACUAAAGUAAAACUCACCCAGAAUAAAGGACCAUAUGAACAUAUCAAGCUGUUCCCGCUACAGCCGUGGAAGACGAGAUGUGGUUGUAAUUACUGGUCUAAAAAGUCCCGUAAUUCUAGUUACUUAAACUGUAACCUUCUGAUUCAUUAGUCAUUUCUGUGACAAUCCUUGGAUACUUCUUAGACUUGGGUCCAAAACGUUGCUUUUGCUUGGGACAAUUUUAAGAUUUAAGAAUUGCAAGAUUAAACCACAGGGAGAUUGAAGCUGCUUAUUGGGGUUUUAAAUGUGGUUUGAAAUGUUGAGCAGAUCUGACAAGAUACUGAGUGCUGUAAAAUAUGCUAUCUAAAAUGUAUAAAUAACCAAAAGACAUUUUAAUUUAAAAGAAAAUGUUGAAAUUUAAAAACAAACAGGGUGUGAAUGUUAACAGUCAUCUGUGGACAGAUGAGAUUUCCCUUCUAACAAUCAAAACUAGUUUAAGUUUCACUCUUUUCCUGCACAGUUCCUCCGUUUUUUUUUGUUUUUAUUGGAUAUUUGUUAAGUUUAAGAAGCCAAAACUAAUAUUCACUGCUGCCAUUUCAUAAAAUGCCCCCCCCCCCCCAAACAUGAUGGCGUUGAGCCAGUAUUUUCCCUAAGUGUGAUAUGCAAAAUUUUAAGAUUCAACUGCUCCACUCGUGUGCAUUAAAGAGCAGUGUACAUUCCUUUUGCACAAGCAAAAUAUUCUUUCUUAUAGUAAAAAAAAUAUAUAUAUAUAUAUAAAUAUAUAUAUAUAUGAUGUACACCAGUAUAUGUAUCAAAGCUGAUAUUGUUUGAUCACUCAUUGGUAGAAAAUUAAUCACUAAUGUUCUUUUUCUAAAAUGUACAGAUUUUCAAAGUGAGCUUUUUAUUUUAUCUCUGUUCAGAAAUCUAAUAUUUUAGCCGUUUUGGCUGAACCAAAAGACAUUUUGAAAAUGUCGGCUUCAUCAGUUAUGAAAAUAGUCUCCUACAUCAAAGCAACAGAAACUUUCUCUUUACAAUCUCACCUAAAAUGUCUCCAUCUAAGCUCAUUUUUUAAACAAACAAGCAAAGUGUGACUCAAGUGUGACGACGCUCGCUGCGGACCAGAGUUUGUUACUGGCAAAAGGGCCGGUAUUUGGAGGGAGCAAAGCAACAAGGCAUGAGAGGGUGUGUUAUAAACAUAAUCACUACUGUCUAAUUUCAAACAAGAGCUACUCGAUCAAAUAGUUUUCAGUGUGUUGGUGGUACUCCUGAUGCGACAGGUGUUUUGCACGCUCCGUCUGAGUGGGUGUAUAAUAAUAUGACUCAUUCCAUAUCUAAAAAGCAGCAUAUUCACAGUUUAACCGCAGACUGUGUAACGUUGACCGUGUGUGUGUAUGUGAGACCGUUUUCAUGCAUAUCCUGUGUGAACAAGACCGUGUGUGUGUGUAUUAGCAUCAUUUAUCCGAGAAGAAAAAAGAAAAACAUCUGAGCCAUAUGUAAUGCAAUAUGAGUGACUGACUUUUUCUCUCUUUUUCUUUUUUUUGUAUUUCUCUAUCAGUUGUUUACAUUACAUUAAUGUUUCAAACAUAGUCAACCUUUGAGCACGGAGGAUAUUGAAUGUGCAAUGUUACUUCAGUGCCGUUUGUGUUUAUGAUUGUUUUUUUUUUUUUUUUACUUGUUUUGUUUUGUGUGCGUGUAUGUUGAAGGACUGAAAUAACCCAUGAGGUAUCUUCUGAUAAGAACUGCUGUCGACUUACUUACAGUUGGAGGAAGUGGGAGAAAAAGCUUUCCUGGGUAUUUUGGGGGCAUUUUAAAAAUUUGCGUGUAGCCAUCAUAGAAGUUUUGCAAACUAUCUUUGGAAAUUAAAUUUCCAGCUGCUAAAGUGAUUUGCAGUAUUCUUCAAACAGUUCUUCAUGAGGCAUCUGUUAUUUUAAAAUCAACAUUUGGUGUUUUAUUUUAUCAAGAUGUAUUUCCAAUUAGAGCCAAUAUACUUCAGCUUGAGUUUUUGGUUAACUUUCCUCUACGUAAAACAUUAUUUAAAUGAAAAACAAUAUAUUUAAGGCUCAAAUUCACCAAAUAUGACUGAAAACUGACUUUAUAAAAAAAGCUUUCUUCAAAUUUUGGGGUGAGUUCUGCAGUCCGUAUAUGAUCAACCAUGAUAGUAUCCUGAUCUGCGGUGAAAUUUAUUCACAAAUUUCAGCGCUGUAGAGCAGUUUCAUAUUUUUUUUUCGUGAAUUUCAUUUAGUGACAAGUGGAGACCCUUUAUUUGGAUGUAAUUUACAGUUCAAGCCACUUAAGUAGUACACUCGAUUUUAGCUAAAUAAAUAACUACUAGCAGUAUAGCACGACUUUCAAAAGUCUCAUUUUCUUGGGGGGGGGGGGGACUAAAUAAAUCACCCAUAUUCCUUUAGAGAUAAAUAAAUACACCUUAAUUCAGAUGUGAUCAAACAGCUUUUAUGUCUUAUUUUUGCCAGUGCCAUCAACUCAGCAGUCAAGCAGAGAUUCAACACGCAGCUACCGUAGUUUCUUUUUUUUCAGGCAGUCAAGGUGAAGAGCCGUUGCAGAAGUAGUGUUAUUCUUAAAGUUAUAAUUUGUUGCAAAAUUUACAUAUUUGUACGUUUUUAACACAUCAAAUGUCCAAUUUUAAGUGGGCCGGACAUGAGAUCAGAUUUGAUGUUUUCAUCUCACUAAACGUCCCCAAUACAGAAUCCAACAGUGACAAUAGGCGUUUUGUUGGUGUUUCUUGUGAUAUUUCAGUCUGCCAUCUCCAUUAAAAUAAUAAAAAUGCUGAUGACAUCCUGUCCUCAGGGGUCUUCUCUAAUUUUUCAGUAAAAUCUGGUUAAACUCUCUCGACUGAUGAAUAUUGUCAUUAUUACUGGGUGGCGGCCAGUCAGACCACUGGAUCUGACCAAUCCCAGCAGACUCUUGAUCAGGGAAAGAGUUGGGCUUCCUAGCUUUAAACCUUUAAAUUAAAAUGUAACUUCUGUAAAAAAAAAAAAAUACUAUUUUGUUUCUUCGUGCAGGACUUCCAUGAUGGCUACUGCUGACAAACAUCUGACACACAGAUCUUCCUCUGGAGAUGAUAACAUAUACAUAAUUGUCUAUUUAAAGGGGAAAACGUUGUACUUGUGAAUGGUGAUGACAUUUUCUAUGAAGCGACUGCGGCAACGAGCCGGGCCUGUUCUGAAUCACACACACACACACUCUUCAUAUUACUCUUACUCGAGUAAAAACACCUUUGUAUUAAAUUGUCUCUCAUCAGAGUUGGUCAUGCAUGGCAUUUUCUUACCUCCUUUGGGAUUUGUUUUCUGUUUUAAUGGCAUAACGACUGGCAUUAAUGUUGUUUCAACUAUUAAAUUAUUAUAGUUUUAAA